AUAAAGAAAAUGUGCACCCACGCAAUUAACUGGCUUGUUUGUACAGAUUUCACGUAACGAGAUCGACCUGAAUUCUGAAUCAUUUACGGAUAGGGGCACGUUGGAAAUACGAGGUUGAUGAGCUUGAAACCAAGAAACCAAGAUUUCAGCUAUAAUCUUUAAUAUGACUCUCGAGCAAGUAACAUCUAUCCUCAAGGUGUAUUCAAGUCUUCGAAGUUUUGAGCUCGAUAGCACUGAACAAUCGAAGAUCAUCGCAAAUUACUUCAUAAUGGCAGGACAGGAAACCACAAACACAAAAGAUACAGCUGCCGUACAAGGACGGUUUAAAAGUUCCCUAGAACUUCUAGAACACACGCUUAAUUGUUCGAACCCCGAGUGUCCACUUCCGCACUGCGUGAACAUGAAGUUGGCGAUGAAACACACGCAGAGCUGCAAAAAGACCCAAUGCCAGGUAUGCCAACGAAUGAAAUACCUUGCUUCAAAACACACUGAGUCCUGCAAUGAAGUUUACUGCUGCAUACCUUUUUGCAUGGAAGAAAAACUAAAAGGAUUCGUAGGGUCUCAGAUGGCGGGCUGCAACAUCUUGGACGAUAGCCAGCGUUACAAAAGAAGAGUUGUUGCCGAUGAUGAAAAGGAUGUCUGCGUAACUCUUAACUCCUCUCCGUCCAAGAUUGUCAGGGAAAUGAGCGCACCUGACCGCACCUUUUUUUCGGUGAAUAGUAGCGAAUGUAAAGGUGGAGAGACAGCUGACAAUCACACUGCUCCAACGAAUGUAUUCUUGUCUCCACUGAAACUCGGGUGUGACACCCAUCCACCCAAACUAGCGAAAAGGGGGCAUCCUUUGGUUCCACCAAGCAGUUCUGCAUCGUUCGUGAAAUCUUCACGCCUUCGGCUGGAACAAAGUAGAAGUCACUCGUGUGCAAAAGAAACGGUUACUAUGACAUCCACACAGUUUGAUGCUUCCUUGAAACCUCUUCCCGCUUCCAACAGAGAGGGUCCAGUUACGGCAAAGAUUCUGAAAACGUUUACUCCUCCACUGGCAGAAAAAGUAAGUGCGCAAGAAUAUGCAGGAGCGCAACAGCAAGGUAUGUCAACUAUCCUUCUAGACGGGAUUUUUCGGAGCUGUCAAGCCACGCAAGCUGCAUGUACGGAAACUCAUGGGGAAACAGAUCAGGUCAAUUUGUCCCCCUUCGCUUCUGAUGAGAACGUUUCCAACUGCAGUGGACCGAUUUCAAAGAACGUCGGCGACAACCCCUAUGACGCGAUAAGAGGAAGUCAAGGAAGCCAUGGACAGGCUGUUUUGAAAGCACGCCUUAUGGACGCAUUGAAUAAGCUUUUAGGCCUGGGCCUGCAACGACUGGAAACGAAAGAGGAACUUGUAGUAUGCAUUAAUUCGUUGAGGAAAGCUGUCGAGGAGAUCAAAGCUCUGGAGGUCGCAGAAAUACUUGCAGUUUGGACAAUGUGCCUCUGUCAAGAACCUUGGAGCUUCAUCUGGUUCGUCUGUAGUCCGCCACUGCCAUUGACAAGGGGAUACCCCUUGCAUUGUGGGAAAUAUUCUGCGGCGGGGAGAAACGGCCAAUCAUGCGGUACGCUCGUCCGCUUCAGGGCAGUUUUGCAUGGAACAGUUGUCUAGACGUCGUAAAGACAGUGCGCAUGCUCUUUCGAUAACCUAAGUUGUCAAUAUUCCAACAAAGGGCUGGAAGCGGACAGUGGUAUAAUUUACCAACCUUAAAUGUUGACUCGACCGAAAUUAUACUUCUAGCAGGUUUAUACCGUCAAAAGUCAAAAUAGAUUUUGGUGUAAACAAAUGCUGUAAUUGAGUUAGAUUAACCAAUUGAACAUUUCAAUGAUAUCUUAAAAUAUCCUGUCGUUUCUAAUUGUCUGAAUGAUUUUAAGGACAACUUCCUGAGCUUUUGCCUUCGAUUAACACUAGUGUAAUAGUUGAUCAACAUCAAAUACUUCCUGACUCCUUGGGCCAGUAUGCUCUGGCGAGGCACGUCAAGCGCGGCGUUAAAAUUCAACUUAGUUGUUAUAAUUGAACGGUUUUUCAAAGCAUUGUGUUAAAACUUAUGAAAGGAAAAACACAAACGCCAUUUUUAACUUGCUACUUUGAAAAAAAUAAUCAGGCUAAACGUUGCGGGCCUUCUUUCUUGCGACAGACACAGGGAAAAGCGAAAUCAACUAUUUGGCAUGCAAUGGGAAAAAUUUGACAACAUAUGAAAGGAGAGUAAAAAUCAUUCUGGCGUUAAAUGUGAAUCAGUUGUAGUUUUACUCGGAACUGGCAAAGUCGUCCCUAUUUCAUUUAGAACAUCCUGUUUACAAGCAUUAAUCAACAGGUUCUAAACUGACUAUCGAAUGAAUGAUCGACCAUCCGGCUAUAAAGUUCUACCUCUUCAAUGACAUUUACUUACCAAGAGAAGCUUUGUCAAAUGCAUGUUGUCGAGU